GAAGAUACACUUCGGUUUUGUUCACAGAGCGUCACUCGUCGUCUCACCAUCAUUUUAUGUGAAUCUUACCUACGCAUUCAUAAUGGUCCCACCAUCACCUUAUAUUUCCAGUGGCGGAGGGCACGCCGGGACAGGAGGAGGAGGAGGAGGAGCAGCUGCUUCGAGUGACGGAGGCCAUGAGAGCCCCGCCAUGCAAGCCUUUUUUGCUAUGAGGCAGCGGAAGAACGAGCACAUGAUGAAGAGGUCCGCAAGGAAUCUUCUUGUUCGCAAGGUCCCUGGCUUCAAAUCGGCUGGGCAUGCGCUGCUCGUUACAGCAUAUGUUGUGGCCAAUGUUGCCGUUGGGUUCACGAACGUAGAUGCCAGCUCUAAAGCUAACUUUGCCUCCAGGUUUGGCUGUGAAGCAGGGAUCAUCGUUACAAAGUUCCAGGACCGGUCUGAAAUUGCGGCUAUCGUAGCCGGCUUUUCCUUCCUGACAGUAGUCCUCUCGGCCACCAUCCUCCGGCGAAUUCGUUAUGAGCUAUUCUACGUGGUCCACAUUUCGAGCUGGAUUCUGGCCAUUGUCGCGCUUGGAAUCCAUCGAUCGGAUUUUGCAAAGAAGGGAAUCAUCGUUAUACUUUUGGCAGCUUCCAUUUGGGUUCUUGAUCGCCUUAUCAGGAUUACCAGAGUUCUAUAUUACGCCUUGAACAACGAGGCGACAUUAUAUCCUCUUCCUGAUGGUGGGACCAAAGUCAUAUUCAAAAAGACACCCGCCAGGGCGGUAGCAGGAAAGCAUUGCUUCAUAUGGAUACCGGCAGUACGCAAAUUCGAAACGCAUCCUUUCACGAUCCACAAGACGAACUCUGUGGAGUUUACCAUUAAGGCACAAGAGGGCUUCACUCGUGACCUCCACCAACAUGCGCUUGCCAACCCAGGUAUCAGCGUGAGGGCGUCUCUCGAUGGACCUUACGGCACAUUUCCGGAUCCGAUGGACUACGACAAAAUUGUCCUUAUCGCCGGCGGUGGAGGUGCUACUUUCACCUUUGGCCUUGUGGCGAAUCUUCUUGAGAGAUUACAUGAUGAACCUGACAAGAAUAUCACAUUCAUCUGGACUGUGAAGAAACACGAAAACCUGGCGUGGUUCAAGGAGCACCUGGAGACAUUGAAGAAUCACGCACACUCACCGAAGGUCGAAGUCUCCAUCUACGUGACACGAUCACCAGUUGCUUCUCUGCAUCACCGCCACUUGCCGCACAUUCAUGGCCACAGCCUGCUGCACCACGCACAACCGCGCACCUCGGAAUCGUCCUCGGGAGGAUCUUUACCUCCUCUGUCAGGCGAUAUCAGCGGCCGCAGCGGCUCCCCAGAUACCGAAAAGAUGCCUCAAUUGCCACUACCUACUCAUAGUCACCAGCACCGAAACCACCCCUCAUCGACCCUGUCAGAAAAGGAUCUUGAAGAUGGGGGCGGCGGCCUUCCCGUGGUCUCUCACGACGGCAACGCGGCAGACAACAGCACUGGUACCGAAUCACAUCCUCAUCCCCAUCAUGCGCACGGUUACGAGCAUGCCAUCAGACCCGGCAGACCGGACAUGGCCACACUAAUCCGCCAGGCCGUCGUCGGUAUCCCUUCGAACCAGCGCGUACUCGUGGCGGCGUGUGGACCAGACGGACUCAUGCAUGUCGUGAGAGAUACGACGGCGAGGUUGAUACAGAGAGACGGGCCGGGAGUGGAGCUACAUUGUGAGCAGUUUGGAUGGUAAAUGAUCUGCGAGCCGCUGAAAAGGAUUGGCACGGAGGAGAUUCGGUCUGGUUAUCGUUUUUGCGCGUGGAGAGUUAUGAUCAGCGACAGUUGGCAAUUACAUCGUAUAUAGCC